AUGAGAGAAAUCGUACAUUUACAAGCUGGACAAUGUGGAAAUCAAAUUGGAGCGAAAUUUUGGGAAGUUAUUUCAGAUGAACAUGGUGUUGAUCCUACAGGAGCUUAUCAUGGCGAUUCUGAUUUACAAUUAGAAAGAAUUAAUGUUUAUUAUAAUGAAGCUGCAGGCGGAAAAUAUGUACCACGAGCCGUGUUAGUUGACUUGGAACCAGGCACUAUGGACAGUGUUCGAAGCGGACCAUUUGGACAGUUAUUUAGACCAGAUAAUUUCGUUUUUGGUCAGUCUGGCGCUGGUAACAAUUGGGCAAAAGGCCAUUAUACAGAAGGUGCUGAAUUAGUUGACAGUGUCUUGGAUGUUGUUCGAAAAGAAGCCGAAUCGUGCGAUUGUCUACAAGGAUUUCAACUUACACAUUCAUUAGGCGGUGGAACUGGUAGCGGUAUGGGUACAUUGUUAAUAUCAAAAAUUCGUGAGGAAUAUCCAGAUCGUAUAAUGAUGACAUUCAGUGUUGUACCAUCACCAAAAGUCAGUGACACGGUUGUUGAACCAUAUAAUGCAACCUUGUCCGUUCAUCAAUUAGUCGAAAAUACAGAUGAAACAUAUUGUAUUGAUAAUGAAGCAUUGUACGACAUCUGUUUUCGAACAUUGAAAUUAACAACACCAACAUACGGAGAUCUGAAUCAUUUAGUUAGUGCCACAAUGUCUGGUGUUACCACUUGCUUAAGAUUUCCCGGUCAAUUGAAUGCUGAUUUACGUAAAUUAGCAGUCAAUAUGGUUCCAUUCCCACGUUUACAUUUUUUUAUGCCUGGAUUUGCUCCUCUCACAUCACGUGGUAGUCAGCAAUUUCGUGCAUUAACCGUACCUGAAUUGACACAACAAAUGUUCGAUGCCAAGAAUAUGAUGGCUGCCUGUGAUCCUCGUCAUGGACGAUACUUAACAGUGGCUGCCAUUUUUCGUGGACGAAUGUCAAUGAAGGAAGUUGAUGAACAAAUGUUGAAUGUUCAAAAUAAAAAUUCAUCUUAUUUUGUCGAGUGGAUACCUAACAAUGUUAAAACAGCUGUUUGUGAUAUUCCACCACGUGGUUUGAAAAUGUCGGCAACAUUUAUUGGUAAUUCAACAGCUAUUCAAGAGUUGUUUAAGAGAAUUAGUGAACAAUUCACAGCCAUGUUUCGUCGUAAAGCUUUCUUACAUUGGUAUACUGGUGAAGGUAUGGACGAAAUGGAAUUCACAGAAGCUGAAUCAAACAUGAACGAUUUAAUAUCUGAAUAUCAGCAAUAUCAAGAUGCUACGGCUGAGGAAGAAGGUGAGGGUGGCGAAGGCGAAGAAGACCAAGAAAAUGCUUAG